AUGUUGAAAUCGAUCAAGUUCGUAACAAUAUUCCAAAUUUUACUGAACUUUCUAUUGGUUCGAGCUGAAAUUUAUUGCAAUGGAGAUAAUUGGAUGGAUCAACCAAUCUGUAAUGUUAUUCAAAAUUCAGUCAUGAAUUUCAAAUUCAAUUCAGUUAAAGGUAAGUUCUGCCACGUCAUAACUACAUAUUUUUUUUCAUUUUCAGAUCUCAAAAACAUCAAGACCGAUUUGAGUUCAAUCCACCACAUUCAAAAUGGCAUCGAAAUUGAGAUCCCCGAUCUAAUUGUCUUCGAAUUCUUACCCAAUGUAACAUCAAUCAGAAAUAAGGAUGGACCCGCAAUCAAAUUUUCAAAUCACCAACAUUUCAAACAAAUCAAAUUCCCAAAUUUGCAAAAUUUGAGCGGUUAUCCUAUUCACAUUUUUUUCGAAGAUGAUCAAUAUUUGAAACUAUCAUCUAAACGUGGAGAAGAUUUGGCAGAAAUAUAUCUUCGCACACAAAAACCAGAAGAUCCUCAAAAAUGUUCGGAGGUUUUCAAUUUUAUUGACGUUUGGUAUCAUGAUAUUCAUGUCAAAAUGCCUCUUCCUCAAUAUUAUUUUUAUGUUGUUAUUGGAAUUUGCAUUGUUUUGUUUUUGAUGUUGGUCGGAAUUGGUUAUAGAACUUGUGAAGUAUAUGAACUUUGGCAAGAAGCUAUUAAAGAAGCUGCUGCUGCUUCUGAUGAAGAAAAUUUCGCUAAUGUUUUGUCGAUUGAAGCUGAAGAAACUGAAGAGAAAUGA